UUGUAUAUGACAGUGUUUUCCCAUCUUGUCCCAUCUCGUCCGGUAACCUGAACAACGGGUUGGCGCAUUUUGAUUUACUGUUUCAUCUAUCAGUUCCGUUCGUCAUUAUGUCUUUAUUUGGUGAGGUUCCACAAGCUACCCCUGUGGCUGUCUUCAAGGUAACAAAUGAUUUCAAAGAGGACCCAAACCCAAAGAAGGUGAAUCUUGGAGUUGGAGCAUACAGGACGGAUGAAGGCCAGCCCUGGGUGUUGCCCGUGGUUAAGAAGGUGGAGAAGAUCAUUGUAGCGGAUGACAGUCUGAACCAUGAAUACCUACCCAUCCUGGGCCUCCCAGAGUUCCGGUCCUCUGCAUCCAAGAUCGCCCUGGGGGAAGACAGCCCUGCCAUCCAGGAGAACAGGGUAGGAGCAGUGCAGUGUCUGGGGGGCACGGGGGCUCUGAAGAUUGGGGCUGAGUUUCUCAGACGCUGGUACAACGGGAACAACAACACGAGAACGCCAGUCUACGUCUCAGCGCCUACCUGGGAGAACCACAAUGCUGUGUUUGUCAACGCUGGGUUCGAGGAUGUCCGUCCCUAUAAGUAUUGGGACGCCGAAAAGCGUGGACUUGAUCUGUCCGGUUUCCUAGGUGACCUAGAGAGUGCACCCAAACAUUCCAUCUUUGUUUUGCACGCGUGCGCGCACAACCCCACCGGCACGGAUCCUACCCACGUAGAGUGGAUGCAGGUGGCUGAGGUCAUGAAGAGGAGGAAGCUGUUUGUGUUCUUUGACUCAGCGUAUCAGGGCUUUGCAUCAGGUUGUCUGGACAAGGACGCCUGGGCCGUGAGAUACUUCAUCACCCAGGGCUUUGAGAUGUUCUGUGCCCAGUCCUUCUCCAAGAACUUUGGCCUCUACAAUGAGCGCGUGGGGAACCUGACCAUCGUCGCUCGUGACCCUGACAACCUGAAGAGGGUUCUGUCUCAGAUGGAGAAGAUUGUGAGGGUAACGUGGUCUAACCCCCCCUCCCAGGGGGCCAGGCUGGUGGCCGUUACACUCAACAACCCGGAACUGUUCUCCGAAUGGAAGGAUAAUGUGAAGACCAUGGCAGAUCGUGUGUUGUCGAUGAGGGCUUCACUCCGAGCUAAACUGGAGGCUUUGGAGACACCAGGAACGUGGGACCACAUCACACAGCAGAUUGGCAUGUUCAGCUUCACUGGCCUCAACCCUAACCAAGUGGAGUACCUGAUCAAGGAGAAGAGUAUCUACCUGAUGGCCAGUGGUCGUAUUAACAUGUGCGGCCUGACCACCAAGAACAUCGACUACGUGGCCGAGUCCAUCCACGAGAGUGUUGUCAACGUCCAGUAGGUGACCACAUCGAGCCGAACCUCCAGCCCCGCCUCCAGCCCCUCGUUAGCACCGCGUGGUUUGUACAUGUACCGGGCCUGUGCCCACGGGACCCAGGAGUCCAACACCCAGCACACCCGCCUGCACGGAGUCACCAAUGUCACCGCCCUGUCUGUCUAUAGACAAUAUAUAUUGAUUGACAUCAUAACCCUCAAAUGAAUGCUCACGAUGAUGUACCCUGUGGGAGAUGUCCGUGACUUCACCUUUGUCUCUGUCAGCCGUUCGUUUGCGGCGUUGCUGUUCAGUAGUGUCGCUGUCCCCUGUAAUGAAUCAAGCCUGUGCGUCCGAGCCCCGGUGCAGCCGUAACUGAGACGCCGGCUGACUGUCUCUCAACACUCUGAAAUGGCUUCCAUUCCUCAGUUCCUUCGUCGUAACUGACCAGGGCUUUCACCUCUUCCUGUCCACCCAGAUCAGGGAUCGUAAAGGGGUAUGGGAGAGAAGCUCUAGUGUUUCGGUUCUUCAGACAGAUACGUUCCUGUUGCGUUAGGAUGAUCUCUGGCAGAGCUGGUGUUGAUCUCCCGUCGCUUGUUUAAUAUUUUUAAUAUUAACAUGUGAUUAGGAUUGUUUGGGUCGUUUUUGGAUUGCGUUGGUAUUUGCGCACGUCAUUGAAAUAGUUGUAGAUGUUUUCUUUAUUUAAGUGUAUUUGGGUAUCAUUUCCCAUCCUAAGUCACGAGAAACUCAUACUGGGCGGUGAGCAUUGUUUCAUGUUUUGGUAGUGUUGUGUAACCAAUGGGAGUCAUAACACCAAUCAGAAAUGUGAGUUUACCAAUGGGCUCAUCCGUGGAUAGGACAUUUCUAUCUAAGGUGAUCAACCCUUCUGAAAAGCAUUUUUCUGAGACUUUGGAUAUUCAAAAAAUUACAAUUUAUGGCCUACUAAACAGGUAGGGUUAUAUAUUUUUCUUCAGUAUUGACCCCUCCCCUGAUAACAGUUUAUCACUGAAGAGGAUGGUCAAAGUCCUUGUAUAUCUUUGUAUUAUGUGUUUUUCGAGGCAGUAACAAAUAAUCAAAAUAAACUAAAAUCAGUGACAUAUAACUGUAAAUCCAAAAUCUGGAGUGUAGUCACUACUGGAAAACCAACCAUAAGUUCUUUAAAAUGCAAACAACAUUUUGCUGUGUAAAGGACAUCCAUUACGUUCAUGAUCAUUGAACAAUUGGAUUUGAACAAACUUGUGAUUUGAAAGUAUUUGUAAUUGUUAGGUGUUUUUUGAAAUAUUAAUAUUAAUUUCAUUCCAAAUGUGAAAAUAACCUUCCCUGUUCUGUCUUCCUUUACUACCUGAAUAAAACUGUAGAUAGUGGUUUGGUCCACUUAAGAGAGAAGUUAUAUGUAAACUGUGACACAGUUAACUGUGACCAGAAAUCCUUGACCAAGUCAGUCGUGCACUAAAUGAAAGUAGGAGAAAUAAUGAUGGUGUAAUGUUAUGCUUGAACUGAAUUUAUAUUUGAAUCAUAUUAUUUUUAAUAAAGACUAAGAGUUAUAAUUGAAUACCUCAGACUUAAGCUGUGUGAAGCUAAAGUCACGCUCAAAGUCUGGAAACAUGUUCCAUAGGGACAAGCAGAACUGUUGUGAGAGCGUUCCUCAUCAGAAAGCAGCAAUCACUGUUGUUUAAAGAUUUCAAAUGUUGGUCUGCUUUGUUUGAAUGAUCAAAAAAAUAUUUUCAAAAAUGAUGAAAAAAUAUUUUCACAAGGUUGUCUUUGUUGCGUUAUUGCUCUAUGAUCAGUAUCUAUUUACAUAAGCUGAUGAUAAACAUGUCAUGUUUAAAAUAGCACUAAUCUGAUGGUUCUGCAUCUGUAACACAGAAUGUGUUCUGAUUUCAUGUUCUUGAAUAAAUGUCUUUACACCA